AUGUGGUCAGUGGAAUACGACUUGGGUUUGGAAGAUAGUUUGACUAGAGAUGAGUUGUCAGUGCUUCAUCAGUUUUAUCAAAGAAUGCUCAGUUGUCCACUUGAUAUAUGCCGGUCGAAACGUUAUCUUGUCCGUUGGCUGCGCGCUCGCAGUUGGGAUGUUGAUGAAGCAGAAAAAAUGCUGUAUUCUCAUAUAAAAUGGAGAGAUGUUCAGAAGGUCGAUACAUUACUUGAUUGCUAUGAAAUCCCAGACGUUAUACAGAAAUACUUUCCCGGUGGAUUUUGUGGGGAAGAUAAAGAAGGCUGUCCAUUGUACUGUGCUCCUGUUGGUCGAUUCGACCCAGGUGGUUUUAUGAAAGCCACUACACACGCAGAGUUUAUUCAAAGUAGAAUUUAUUUUAUGGAAUAUAUCAUACAAAGAGUUUUUUAUGAGAAAUCAAAAGAACAUAAUCGAUGUAUUGACCAGCUGACACUUAUAUUAGACAUGAAACAUUUAAGUUUGAAACAUAUGCAUCCAUCUUGGAUCCCUGUAUUUUCGGAAAUGAUGGCAAUAAUGGAAGCAAAUUAUCCUGAGGUUUUACGCAUUUGUUAUGUGAUUAAUGCUCCACCAAUAUUUGGAACUAUAUUCAACUUCAUUAAACCUCUGUUAAGUAAACUUACACAAGAAAAAAUUCAUGUAUUAAAAUCGGACUAUCGGGCUACUUUACUCCAAGUAAUUGACUCAAGUAAAUUACCAGCCUGUUAUGGUGGAAAAAUAACUGAUCCUAAUGGUGAUCCUCAAUGCCCAUCAAGAAUUUCAUGGGCUGGCCCCGUCCCUGCCUCUCUUUUUCGUAAAAAGCUAUCAGAUGACAAGUUGUCUGUGCCCAAACAGUCCGAAGUAUCUGAAGAAGUGAAACGUUUUACAGAUUGCGGUCGGGAUUUAACUAUGGUUGAAGUUGGUCCAGCUUCACGUAAAGAUAUUUCUAUUGGAAUGGUUGAUGUAGGUGAUGAGAUUAAAUGGUGGCUUUCAUGUGAAACACAUGACAUUGCAGUUGGUCUGUUCAUGAAAAAUUGUAUUACAAAUGAUGGAAAAGUUACAAGUGAUUCAAGUAAAAGUCCAGAUACCUAUAUCGAAAUGAUCCCAACGAAACGUAUAUCAUCACAUGAAAAAAUUGUUCAAGGAACUCUCAGUGUUGAAAACUCAGGUGUAUACAUCCUUGUCUUAGAUAAUACUUACAGUUGGACAAAAUCAAAACGCUUAUGGUAUCACUUAAGUGUCACUGGCAGAGUAGAGGAUAAUAAAAACAGUUUUACAAUGUCAAUGCCUUCACCAAUAGAUUCUUUGAAUUCCAAUCAUAAACAACUCAUUGAUACACCCGUAAAUGAUAUAACCGUGAUACCAAUUCCCGAAGAGAAUUAUUAUGCUUGUCGUAUGGAGACUGGUGGAAGUAUGGAUUUAAAUGUUAGUAUUCUAUUUCGAUUUCUUGUACAAAUACUUAUUCUACCAAAAAUCAAACAACGUCCCAAUUAAACUGGUGAAAUCAAUGAAGUGCACACAUAUACACACAACGUUCUAAAAUCAGUGAGAAAAAACCAGCCUAAUGAAUUCAUUACAACUAAUUGGUUAGGUCAAAUCACUACCAUUUAAAAGUCUUUCAGUUAUUCUGUAAUUACCUGUUUCCAAAUUUUUUAAAGUUUACUAAACGUAUAAAGAAAAAGAGGAUGAUUAACUGUGCGAUAUUACUUUCUUAUAAACU